GCAUCCCGGGGUGAAUCUGCGGGAGGAGCCGGUGAAGCGGAGGAAACGAGAAUCCGUGAAUCUGAGUUCAGAUCCGCUCCGUCACAUCCUCCGGUUCCAGACAUGAGCGGAAGAGUUGGAGACCUGAGUCCUAAACAGACUGAAGCUCUACAGCAGUUUCGAGAGAGGGUACAAGACAUUCUUCCACAACUUCCUGCACAGCAUGACCACUUCCUGUUGCGCUGGCUCAGAGCCAGAAACUUCAACCUGCAGAAGUCGGAGGCCAUGUUGAGAAAGCACGUGGAGUUCAGGAGAAACAUGAAGGUGGACACGAUAGUGACUGAGUGGCGUCCACCAGAGGUGAUAGAGAAGUACCUGUCGGGGGGGAUGUGUGGGCACGACCGCGAGGGAAACCCCGUCUGGUACGACAUCAUCGGGCCGAUGGAUCCCAAGGGCCUCUUCCUGUCCGCCUCCAAGCAGGACUUCAUCAAGUCCAAGAUCAGAGACUGUGAGAUGCUGCAGCAGGAGUGUACUCUCCAGUCAGAGAGGCUGGGGAGGAACGUGGAGGGGGUCACGAUGAUCUACGACGUCGAAGGUCUGGGUCUGAAACACAUAUGGAAGCCUGCUAUAGAAACAUAUGGAGAGAUCCUCCAGAUGUUUGAGACCAACUACCCAGAGGGUUUGAAGAGGCUCUUUGUCAUUAAAGCCCCGAAACUCUUCCCCGUGGCCUUCAACCUCAUCAAGCACUUCCUGAGCGAGAACACGAGACACAAGAUCAAUAUCCUCGGAGCGAACUGGCAGGAGGUUUUACUGAAGUACAUCGACGCAGACGAGCUGCCGAUGAUCUACGGAGGGAAACUGACGGAUCCCGAUGGAGAUCCUCGCUGUCGCACCAGGAUUCAUCACGUCGGCCCAGUUCCUCCGUCGUACUACGUGCGGGACCACGUGAAGGUGGACUACGAGCAGUGUCUGAGCGUCAGCCGAGGAUCCUCCCAGCAGCUGGAUUAUGAGAUCUUGUUCCCGGGCUGCGUCCUCAGGUGGCAGUUUUGCAGCGAGGGGUCGGACAUCGGCUUCGGGGUUUUCCUCAAGAAUAAAAGGGGAGAAUGGCAGAAGGCGGGUCAGAUGCAGGAAGUCGUUCCCAACCAACGUUACAACUCCCACUUGGUGCCCGAGGACGGAUCUCUGACCUGUGAACGCCCCGGAGUCUACGUUCUGAGAUUUGACAACACCUACAGCAUCUUCCAGAACAAAAGAAUCAGCUUCACAGUCGAGCUCCUGCUGCCCGACCACCUACUGCCCCCGCAGGCCAACAGGGGCUCCUGCACCCGAGCGCCAGCUGAGGACAAACCUGUCGCCACUGAGCAGACGAGUCCACGUACCUCCGCCAUGUUGUCAGAUCAGUAGUAUGCAGCCACAUGUUAGCACAGCCUGACGAACUUGAUCCGCCGACGCACAGUUUGGUCCGACGUGGCCUCGGAGGAGUGUGUUCACUCACUCAGUGUUAAAUCUGAACGUUCGAUGACCCUUUAAUAAACCUCCAGGACCUCAUUCAGGAAGUUCAAAUCUCCACUGAAAAGCAUUUAUGAAACACACGGAAAUUACAAGAACGUAAACAGACAUAUAUGUUAGAAGAUUGAUCUAAAGCCGGUUUCAGUUUAAUUGUUUAUUUGAACCAAUAGUUAUUUGAUUAACUUGAGCUUCGGAUCAUCUCUACUCUGACUUUAAUGCAGCAGGUGUCUUGGUCCAGCUCAGUGAUUGGCUGACAGGAAUAGCUCGGCUCAUUCAGUUUGAUAAGAUCUGAAAUAUAAUCCGGAUCUGAUUUAAAUCAAUCCUAAAACAAACACUGAGCCAGUGGGACGUGGCUCAAACGGGUUAUUGAAGCAAUGCAUUUCAGUGGAUUCUGUAAUUACCUCAUGCAGAGCUUAUGUGUUGAUGAUUUAUUUAUGUAUUUAUUUUUUAAGAUUUUCAUUCCAUAUAGAGGGGAAAAGCCAAAUUUCUACAGCCAAAUGAAAACCACACAGUAUAAUGUCUAUGACACAGCUAGCUAAAUGAAAAGGUGUUAGAAGAACAAACAGAGUUAACGUGUUCUCGAAAACAAAGACAGAGUAGUGUCACAUGUUCUCACCUUUUAAAAAUGCACUCACAUACUUUCCUGUUUGGAACAACUAUUAGAACCUGCAGCUUCACAACGACCGAACUCACCAAAGUGAACAGAAACGAUUGGCUUUUGACUUGGAAAAGAAUCAAAGUAAUUGAUAACAAUGAUCCAUAACCAUCAACUUUAGGUUUAACUGAACAGCCAGAGGUGGGACAGGGAAAUACUUUUGUGUUUGAUAUUUUCAGAUCUGUAGAGGGCAAGAAAAAGGUUAAUGAGGUUCCAGCACGUGCAACAAAAUGUCUUUGGGGAAAUUGUCAUAAACUCGAUUAUAUGGUAUUUUUAUAGCUACUGUCAGAUAUGCACUGAGCUCCAGAGAUCCUCCCCAGUAUCUCUGAAGGAGAUGUAUGUGUCCGAGUGAGAGCCUCCGGAGUUUCUCUCUAACUGACCCCAGGUGUAAAGUCAGUGGUCGCAACAUUGAAAGAACAUAAAGACUAUGAAUAUCUCAGGAUGAAGAAGCGAUCACUCCGGUGGAUUUGUCUCUGUUGUGAGAAUCUCUCGCUGUGUUGUGCAUGUGUGAGAGGAAACUUCUGGAGAAAGUCCGGACACAAUUCUCCGCAGUUCCUCGGGAGGUCAUGUCUGAAAAUGUCUUAUGUUUUAGAAAGCAAGUGAAAAUAUGACCUUCAGAGACGAAGCCCUUCACCUUCAUAUAUGCAGCAUGUCGAUGUUGAUCUGAUACGAACUUCCCACAGAGAGCAAAAGAUAAAAUGAUACAGAAACAA